AUGGCGCUGGUAAGCUCGUGUUAUAUCAAAGGGCAUUUUUGUUCACAAAUACCCGCUUAUUUUACGUUAUAGCGACUGGUUCGUUUUGGAAAUUAUAACUCAAUGGACAGGGAAAAUGAUUCUGUAUUAAAGAGAAAAAGAUGUGCAGUUAUUGUGAUGUUAUUUGUUGUGAAAGACGGCCCGAAAUUUCGCUACUUCGCUGUACUGGUUUAUAAAACAUUUACAAGCAACAGCAAUUGAACUAUAUAAAGAAACCAAUGUGUACAAGCCAAUCAAGUUCUUCAGUUUAAAGGUCAGUUUAUUUUUAAUAAUUAGUUCAUGUAGUUAUAUAUUAAUACGAAGUACAGGACCAUUCCAUUUAAUAUCCACACCCUCCUGUUCACUAGAUUUUCCGAAGGGGGUCUAAAAUUUUGAAUUUCUGAGGGUGUGCCAAGUUGAAAUUUCCGAGGGGGUUUGUGAAAGGAAAAUUUCUUAAGGUCUCAACAUUUUUGUAAUUUUCCAAGGAGUUAAAAUUUUUUUUUAAAUUUCUGAGGGGGGAGGAGGAAGGUAUACCUGUUGACGAAAAUUUCUGAGGGGGUGGUAAAUAAUUCCCAAAAAUUACUGAGGGGUCUAUCAUAGUGGAACCACGUCAACAGUUAUUUCUAAGGGCUUGAGAAAAAUUGUAAAUUUCGUCAUUCCCCGACUGCAUUCCAGGCCCCUCCCGCCAAAGAUCUUUGGUGGGAAAAAACUUUACUGACUUUUGGCGGUGUAUUUUGGCGUAAAUUUUAGCUCAUCACUAUUUUUGGCGGCGUGCAUUCUAGAAGAAUGGCAGAUCCACAAGCUGUAUGUAUCAUUUGAAUAAUUAAUGUUUGAAUAAUAUUUCAUUAUUUUAUUUAAAUAAAGUACCUUUCUUUCUUAACUUCUUUAUAACUUUUUCUACUUGCACUGUGCAAUACAGCUUUAAAGUACUGACAAUUGAUUUGAAUUAAUGAUAUUACCCAUACUUUCCUGCAACUUUUCCAAAUAUAUAGUUGAUUAAAUACGCCUUCGGCCAUUUAGUACUAUGAAAUUGUAAACAAAUUGUAAAUUUCGACUUACUAAAACGCUGUUUUCUGACCAUCAGAAUUCUAUCAAAUCUUCCCCAAAGUCCAGGAAAUGGGAUUUCAAAGGCUCGAAAUUUAAAAAUUUGCUCAAUUGUUUUCAGCUCCACUCCCAAUCAAAAACAACUUCCUACGGCAUUAUCAACAUACAAAUGUUCAGCAUUCCCAUAAUUAUAUUGUUUAUGAACUGUCUGUCGAAGUUGUCAAUAUAAGAUGAGAUUUUUGCACCUUUUUUAUUUUUAAAAUUUUUUUAAAGAUGUGAUUUUUGCACCUUUGGCGCAUGUAAUUUGACCGCUUUAGAUAUAAUUAGUCUUUGGCGGAUAUAGUUUUAAAGCUGAAUUUCUGGUGUGAAUCUUUGGCGGUGAGAAAAGGUGGAAUGCAGUCGGGUGUCAUUCCAGAAAACAUCCAUAUCACCCCCACAGAGGAAAUAGGAAGUUAACCCCCCUACCCCAAUUUUUUCUCCCCUCCCUCUCCAGAUGGCAGAAAUUUCCUCCGUGUGGGGCAGGCCUCAAAUUUCCCUGAAAUCAAUCGACGGCAAUGGCGUUAAAAAUUGCCGUAGAACGUAACAGCUGUCUACGGCAAUUUUGACAGUUUCCACGGCAUUUUUCAAAUUACUGUAAUAAAACUUUAAUUUUAUUGUUACUUUGGAUUUUUGACAAGCUAGAAACAUGUCUACGUAUUUCUUUAGUGUUUUUUUUUUCGAAGAAAACUGAGACUAAAAUAGUGAUUUACGCAUGAUUUGAUCAACAUCUGAAUUCAAGUAUCAAAAUAGUAAUGCACAGUGAAUAGUAUAAAAAUUGCACUAUACGGCAAAAAAUUGCCGUCGUUGCCACAAUGAUCCACGGCAUUUUGUUCUCCCUCUACGGCAAUUGCCGCGAUAAAAUUCGAGCCCUGGUGUGAGGAGUAUGGAUCUUUUCUGGAACAACCCAUUUCCGAGGGGGGCUUACAGAAAACCGUUUCUGAAGGGGUCUAAAAUCAGAAACCUCGUCAACAGGGGGUGUGGAUAUUAAAUGGAAUGGCCCACUGGAUGCUAGUAAAAACUUUUUAAUAAUUAGUUCAUUUCGUUGUGUAUUAAUACAAAGUACUGGAUACUAGAUAAAUAGUUCAUUUAGUUGUAUAUUAAUCUGAAGUACUCUACUACUCGUGUUGCCACGCAUAACAUUGAAUUGACGUUAUCACCGGUACCCACCUCAGAUAACGUCGAUCGUUACCCUGUCGUAUUUUGACCGCUAAAAGAGCUCAAAUGCAAAAUGGCAGCUGAAAUAUGGUGUAUAAUCAAUCAAUUUAUCUCAGAAAUGCAUUAAAAUGCUGAGGCUUCAAUUCAAAGUUAUUCACUGUAUUUGUACGUAAUUGACCGGUAUUUGACAUGAAACGUCGCUUCGAUACUUCAACCUUUGUUUUGGCCUCUAUUAGUUGAAAAUAGUAUAAUACUGGCAAAAGUGCACGGCAAGCAUUAAAUAUUUAAACUUUGGUCUGUUUGGAUGUAAAUAGUCAAAUUGCUACAAGAUAAUGUCGAUUCUACGUAAUGUGUGGCAACAUGAAUAUGGACCUGGUCCCUUAGCGAGUUUGAUUUGCUAUUUGUAUAAACAGACCACAACCCCUUCUCUAACCCUAACCAAUGAAUGUGUAAUGAACUAUUGAGAGUUAAAAAAGUCAGGUGGGAUUUUAAAAUAUUUUAAGAAAAAUUUCUAUGGGGCUGAAUAUGGAAGCCGGUUGGCCCGCCAAACAAGACAGCUCGGUAAGCAGGAUGAAUUUUGCUUGCGUUUAUAUGAGGAGAUUUUAUGCCGCUUGCCAGGCUAGGAAUUGUUUACAUUUCACUCAAUUGGUCGGUGUUGCCAGAACAAAUUUCAAAUUUUGUAAACAUUACAGCUAUUGAAGCACAUUGCAACCUUUUGUUUUGUCUUUUUUACCUAUGUAAUGUCAAGAACUAUAAAAAUAGUUGCAGAAAAGACUUCAAACUAUCGAAAAUGUUUCAUCCGAGCAACCGGGCCAUCCCAUUUGCUAGUGUUUAUAUGGGGAAAUUUUCACCCUGGUUAUCCAUAUAAAUGCACAGGAAUUUUACUAUAAAUUCUACUACACGGCGAGAUCUUGCUAAGAUGUAAGAAAAAAAUACCUGUGGUUCCAGUUUCAUAUGGUGACAAAAUUUAUAGGGUCGGUAGAUCGGAAAUUUUUUUUUGAAUAUGAUCCCCGACCUUGUUUCACUUUGCAUGCAUGCAACGCCUUUGCUGAAUACACUACCAGCCUGAAUUGCUGAAAGCUAUUGCAAAAAACUAUUUUAUAUUACUACUUUACAAAAUGUAAGAACCUGACACCAUCCCUGCGACUUUGUGUCAUCUAUCUAGACAGUAUGAUUAUUGUAUGCGACUUUUCCAACCGAGAGAUAUAUUAGACCCUCUUUCUACUUUUUUUUUCACUUUGCCUUGGUCACACUUUGAACAAGAGGUGUGCCAAUUUCGCUUUCUCUCAUAUCAUUGUAGAUGUCCGCCAUUUUGAACUAUUUUUUCAUAAAAAUAUAUUUAAAAUAUUUACAACUUUUUUGUGUUGCAUACGACUGUCAUAAGCAAGUUGUAGGGCUAUCUAUACGGCACAAUUUGUGUCGCAGGGAUGGUGUCAACAAGUUGCAUACAACAAUCGUCAUGGGCGUACAGGAAGGAAAAAAUAAGGGGGUGGAAAGAAAUUUGCCCGACUUUGUCGAUUGUGCCCGAGUUGUCAAAAAAAAAUUUCCGGAGAAACUUUCCAAAAUUGUUGUCGCUCCAAUAUUGUUUAGGUCCAUUUUUUUAAGUAUUUUAUAAAGCGUAUGCUAUGUAUGUGCUAAGAAGCUAGUUUUGUUGGCAUGUGGAAAGCAAAAGUAGCGAAGGUAAAGAGAUUAAAAUUGGAUUUAGUGCGUAUUUUUGAAAAAAUUUUACCACCAAAUAUGGUAGUCCCCCCCGUCGAUGACACUUGUGACGUCAGGUACAUACGGGACUUUGGGGGCGGGUUUUGGCGGGAAAAUCUGUAAUGUUUGGAGAAGACAAGAUGGCGCUGGUUACCUCGUGUACUAGCGGCUAAAUCGAGGAAUGCACAUUUGCCCGACGCCAUCUUGAAUUCCGCGCAAUGACCUGGGUCUCAGUUAUGAUGUCAUAGUAUCUAUCAUGAAUGAUGUAAUCAAAACAAACGUUUCGCGGGAAAAUGAAAAUAUUGGAUUCUGAUUGGAUAAUUGUCACUCGCACAUGCCUAAAUACUAAAUUGUUAUGUAUAUAAAUAAAGCUAGUUUACAGCAGCAAAAAUCACAAUAAAUACACUUUUGAUGCUUUUAAAUCAUAAAUAAUCAUAUUAUAAUGACUUAUUUUAGCUUUUGAUUUCAUAUAAAGGAAAAUAAACUGAUCGAAAAUACAAAAUAACAGCAUUUCGCGUAUCGAUAUUUUUCACAGUGAUUUGUAUGCAUUAAUCGACACUUAGUCUCUGGCACGCAAAUUUACUUUCGUAUAGUGAGCACAUAGUUGUGUGCACGGUAGAUGGAAAUUCCGAAAAUACCCUUCGAUUCUGCAUGAAAUUCUAUAUCAACAGCCCUGGUUUUCCUUUUCCAUUCAAAAACUGAACCGAGAUAUUCGCCCUUUAAUACUCUAAAACUCGAGUCUUUAUCCUACUAUAUGAAUUUGUGUACACAGUAGAUGGAAAAUCGGAGAACACCAUUGAAUUCGCCAUAAAAAUCAGCAUCUUUUCAUAGUAAAUAUCUCUAGUCAAUUUAAUAAAGAAAACUUUUUAUCGCGUGUUUACUUCCCAGCUGAUAAUAGAAAUGAACUACGGAUGUAGACAAAGGAUACAGGAGCACUUUAAUGGAUAACCAUUUUACUAAUUCAUCAUUAUCAUAAGAUAACCACAGAUGUCCCCAGUUAAUAAUGAUUCAAGAUGGCGUCGGGCAAAUGUGCAUUCCUCGAUUUAGCCGCAUGUACCUCGUGUCAUAUCAAAGGGCAUUUUUGUUCACAAAUACCCGCUUAUUUUACGUUAUAGCGACUGGUUCGUUUUGGAAAUUAUAACUCAAUGGACGGGGAAAAUGAUUCUGUAUUAAAGAGAAAAUGA